CUCUCUCGCUGAUCAGCCGAGGUGUUGGUUGCUUCAGUGAGCUGCAAGGAGGAGGCAUCGCGAUGGCUCGUGCGCUUGCCGUGUUGGGGCUCGUUGCCGUGCUGAUGCCGGCACAGGCGCAGCUGCUUCCGCCCAUCAGCUCUUUGCCCAGGCUUUCGACGCGCGACGCAGAGCCCCGUGGACGCGCAGAGCGCAGCGCCACCAAGGUCAAUGGGCAAGCGCUCCUCGGCACCUUUGUGGCGGAUUGUGAGGAGAACAACAGCUGGUUUGCGCCGGAUGAUGUCAAGGCCAAAAACCUCAACGUCAGCUCUGCCCAAACCCUCCGAUACUAUUACAACUCGACCUUUGUCAGCGAUUGGACCGAGUAUCUGGCCGCCAGCGACCCUACUUGUCGACCAGACUACACAGAUGUCUUUGCAAAGUACACGUUCAGCGGCACGUUUGCCAACAAGGGCACCAGCUCGGUCAACAGCAGCUUACAGCUGGCUGAAUGGGAUCACGAUGUCUCUUCGUGGCUAUUUCCCGCCACCGAUGGUAGUUUGGUCAACUACAUCUUGCAGGUCUUGAACCAAGAGUGUCGCUGCGGUAGUGACUGGGUCGCGGGACAGCAACGCACUAUCGAUGCUGAUAAGGAUUGCACUCCCGCGGAAAUCGCCCAAACUGACGUCUUUUAUCUCUGCCACAUCGUGCUGGGCCACGUCGGUUAUGGCACCUACACAUGGGCCAAUGAAGACACCUACUUGAGCUCGUACAUUGGCUUUGACAAAACAGAGGCGUGGGCCCAAGACGUGGCUUCCCUUGAGCGUCACAAGCUGCCUUGUGAGUCCCCAGCUCUGCUCCAAAGAACUGACAACGUUUCAGCCGCUCACGGUGACUUUGCCCAUGGACCCAUAGCGGGAGGCAAUCACGAUGCCGGGGAUUGCGAUUAUGUGCGCUUCUCUGAGUGUGGCGCCGGUAUCAAUGACGCUAUUUCACACUGCAAGGGCUGCGACGGUCUUGAAUGUGAUGGUUGCCUCUACCGCGAGCUGCCCGAGGAUGUCGAUGCCACAGACUUUUCCGACUGCUGCCCGUGCUUCUACUUUUACGGUAUCAGCAACCGUGGAUGGAGCUUGACUGCUAAGCAACACGUGUGGUGUGGCCACCCCACGCAGGGCUUGGGCCAGCCCCUUCCACUUGGCUUUGUUUUAUUUUUGUAUGUUUGGAUCUCUGGUGUGUUUGUGAUCGUGCGUUUUACCGAGCGAAAACAAGAUGUGGGUCGUGUUGUCUCGUCACGUCCCCAGUCUCCAAUUGACCCCUCGGCUGCUGAAGAAGGACCCACCCUUUGA